UUUUGUUUUUCCAAACAGCUGUUGGAAGAGGACAUCAAGAUAAUGACAACAUUAAGAGGAACUGUUGAGUGUGGGAAGAAUUUAAUCACUAAAGUUAUUUAUUCAACUGGAAUACUUAUUCAAAGUAUUCCAGUUUAGAAAAUGGUAGAAUAGAAAUGUUACAAUCAAGAAUGUAAAAUGAAUAAAUUAUUUACAUUGGGUUUUAUUUUUCUUUUAACAGGAUUGGAAGCUGAUGCUUCACUGGGCGAUAGCUUCCCCUCGUACAAAUCAUGUGUAGAUACGUGUAAAAUGGAAUAUUGUCAAACAGACGGAUACUAUUUCAAACAGCCAGAUGGCAAGUUUAACUGGGCUGGGUUAAUCCAGUGGCGUUGCUCAGACGAUUGUCGCUAUAGAUGCAUGUGGGCCAUUGUCGACAAUUUUGAGAGGAAGGGAUGGCCUCCACCCCAGUUCCACGGGAAGUGGCCGUUUAUCCGAUGGAUGGGUCUCCAAGAACCAGCAUCUGUUGUGUUCUCUCUGUUAAAUCUGGCUAUCCAUAUUGUUAUGUUUCGCAAGUUCAGAAAUGAAGUCAGACCCAAUAGUCCCAUGUAUAAAGUCUGGUUCCUUUACGCUGGUGUUUGUAUAAACUGCUGGGUAUGGUCUGCCAUUUUCCAUUCCCGAGACCUGCCACUCACGGAAUUGAUGGACUAUUUGUCAGCAUUUGGAAUGGUCUUCUAUUCUCUGUAUGGUAUGAUAAUGAGGGUACUGAUCAGAGCACCAGGACCUCUCUCGGUGUUAUUUACUCUAGUCUGUGUCUCCUUCUUCAUCAACCAUGCAGGCUACCUAGUCUUGGACCAGUUCGACUACCAGUACAACAUGUCUGCCAACAUUGCCGUGGGUAUCCUAAGUGCUGGUGUUUCGGCUGUAUGGAGUCUGGCAUCAUGGAGGCAGGUGAACCACUCCAAGUACCUGGCCACUGUAGUGGUCCUGGGCCUGCUCACCACACUCCUAGAGGUCUCUGACUUUCCACCCUACCUCUGGGCAUUCGACGCUCACGCUCUGUGGCACCUCUCCACCACACCGAUACCUUAUUUCUUUUGGAGGUUUGUAAUAGAAGAUUGCAAGCACCUGAGGAAAACUCUAAAGGAGAGAUGACAAAACCUGAACUGCAUCUUGAACAAGUGGGUGCGUCGCAGCAGUCUUCCGAGCAACUACAUCAAAUUGUUACGAUGCAAAGAGAAUCCCUCCUAGCCCAACGUUUCCACCUGUAAACGAGUCUAGACUUAAGCAGUACAAAUUACACAUCAGUAACUUUUAGCCGUCUUAUGUGAUAAGUAAAUUAGAUUCAAGACUAGCUCUAUUCUAACUUCCUUUCCUUGUGGUGAAGCAGCAGUUGGUGUACAAAAAUCGUGAAUGAAUCCAUUCAUUGAAAAUAAUACCAUCUUUUGCUGCUGCUACAUUAUUAUAUUUUAAUCGACAAUUUGACUGAUUUCUUUCUUGGGAUCAUUUAUGAUGAUGAUGAGUUAACUUUAACAAUUGUGAUAUUGGCUUUUAUGCCACAAGAGAUCUACUAUAUUUAUUGAUGUUAUGUGUAAUGUAUUACCCACUAUAGUCUGUGAAAUAGAUAUUAAAAUCUGUAGGAAGAAGCAAUUCAUUUAACCACAGGGUUUUAAGUUAAAGAUAUUGCAUGAUUCAGCAAUGGUUUCAGUUUCAACGUUUUUGACCUCUCAAGGAAGUCUUUAGAAUUUUUAAUAAAAGAGUUAGUUUUUUCCUACAAGUGGUGACAGGAUGCCCAAGAGCAUAUUUCCCUACACUGUGAAUAUCAGGAACUAAUUAUUAGUUAGUUGUUUUUAAUUAAUUUUGAUCUGAAUUUUUAUGACAACAGUUCUUUAUAUUUAUCAAUGGGUCUGGCUUAAGUUAAACGUUUAAAGAUAUUUUUUAUUUUACUUUUAAAUUAUUUAAGUACACAUGUGUUCAUUUUUAUUUGUUAGUUUGACCAUUUUGUAAUGGUAAAAGUUAAAUGUUAAUUUUUAACAUAAGGUAAGAUAAGACUAUGUUAAUUUUUAUUGUGUCAUAUUUUGAAGCUCUGCUUCUGUACGAUUACGAUCAACAUAAUAAUGCAAUAGUCCUUAAUGUUGGUAAUACUCAAGUUCUUUCAUGUAGAUAUAGAUGCUUGAAAAACAAAAAUAUUAUAACACAAUCUUAACGUACUACACAUAUUUUGCUAUUUUUCCUACUGUUUAGGCAUCUGUUGGGGCUGAAUUGUUGUUGUGUUAAAUGGUACAGAAUAUGAAAUUUACUAGAAAUGUCAAAAAUGUUUAACAAAUUAUGAUAAAAGUAUUCCAAAUAUUGGAUGUUAUUGUUUUAUGUCAAGCAGGUUUUAUACUAUUUAAACAAACAAAGAGCAAUGUCAAGGAUUGAUAUUAUCCAGUAAUAUCGCUCAACUCCAGUAUGUUCAACUAGUGAUAUGUCAUUUUAAAGUACAUUUUGAACCACUGCUGCCAUAAAGAAAAUAAUUUUAGCGAUAUCAGUAAUCAAAGUACACCCACAUCAAUAAGUGAGAAUUACAUGUUAGCUAUAUAGAAAUCACAGAUCAAAAUAAAUUUAUCUCAUUUAGAAGCAGUUAUGUAUUGUUCAUAUUUUCUAAUAGGCACGGCUCUUACCAAAAAUACAUUGUAUUCAGUUUAGGAAAGCCUAAAAACUGUGAAAACUUAGUAUGCCCACAACAUUUUGAGGUUCUUUUAGUUUUCUAAUUAAAAACUUCUUACUAUAUAAGAUCUAGGCUGCUUUAAUUUGGUACUCUGUAUUUUGUAUCAAACAAUAUAUUUUUUAGAAUUUUAUGGAAAUGUUGGUGUAGUUACAAUUUAUUUUUAAUCAAGAUUGCAGUUCAAUGUAUUUGAAAAUGUAUAAAUUAUGUAUGUAUAUAAGUACCACAGAAAAUUCCUGUCGGGGAUCAAAAGAACUUAUAAUUAGUAAUAGUUUCUUCAAAUAUAUUGUAUAUAUCAAACUCAUGACUAUUAUGAAUCUAAUUUUAUAUUACUUCAAAAUGCUGAUCUUCAUGUAUACGUGUACACUAUUUUUAUAAAUUUAUUAUUAUUGUGUUCAAUAUUAUAUUAUACUAUAACAUUAAAGUUUAAGUUAGUGAAUCUUGCCCCUCAAAUAAACUAAAACUAUAAUAGUUUGUAAUUAUUGAUAGCCAUGCAUCUGUGUUCUGUGUAAAUAGAUACUUAGUUUUAGAAUUAAGACAGAAUUGAUGUAUUAUACUCAACUCAACUUACAUAACCCUAAGAUCCAGAGGUUUUUUACUUGCCUCCAGCAACUUAAUGUACUUUCCUGCUAUCCCAAUUUUAAAACUAUGGGCGCAUAUGAGUUAAUGUGACAGAGUACUAACAUUUUUAAGGACAUAUUAAUUUUUUUCAAAAUAGUUCAAACUAAUGUUUCUUUAACCCUUUGAUUCCUGCGUCAUCAACUAUUGUACAAAAAGUAUAUAAAUUUCCGAUAUUGACUUUUUAUAGUUUGUAUUCUGCUAAUAUUUAACAUCAUAUUCUGUUAUUCCAGUUAUUUAAACAUAUUACUAUGUUCUAUAGAUUCCAUUGUCAAUGUGAAAAUAUUUUCAAUAUGUUAUUUCAUAGCUUAGUUUAUACUGAGUUUUUAUAAAUUUAGUAUUUGGUUUUGUACAUGUGACCAAAAUAGACACAUCACUCCCAAGGGUUGAAACUGUAUUAAUCAUAAUAAUACAUAUGCUGUUACGAAUGGUACAUGCCUUCUUUUAACUUUGGCACUGGCAGUAUUUUAAUGACAAUCCCUGCAGUAGUAGUGAUCCAAAUAAUAUCAUGGUUUGGUAAAAUGAUUGACUUAUAACUGUACUGAAUAUUGUGUUUUACGAUAAUAGUUAGGUACGUUUCGGAAAACAAAAUAUAGUUCUGUAACUCAUUUAUGCUCGCUGUAUACUUUUGAGAACAGUCAACUUGGCUACCUUGUGCUCUGUGCUAUCAUGAUGUAAUAAUAAAUUGGAUUAUUUGCAUAGAUUAAAUACAGUUUAUUUCUUGUUACGUAGAAAGUGCAAGAGUUAUAUUAAUUAACAAAUUGUAAUAACGUAAUUACUAUAUUAAAAAUUAACAAAAACCAAUAUCUUAAAAUAUUUUGCAAUUGUAAUAAUAUUUUAGUUUGUAAUUUAAAAGUUAGCUUUUGUGGUCAGCCGAUAAGUGUAGCCUAAUCCAUCUUUGAUUUUGUAUUUGUAGUAAAAUGGCUUACUGCUGGUUAUUAUUUCCUCAUAAACCAUAUAUUUUCAAAAAUAGACAACUGUGGUCGUGUUUUGACCAUCUUAUAAUUCCGAACUUCAUUUAUAAUAUAUAUGUUACCAUAUAAAUUGUAUAAUUUAUUUAUCCAAUUGCUUUAACGCUUAUAAAAUAUAUAUUAAUAUAAUAUUUCAUGUUUUCAAAUUCCACAGAUACUAUUAAAUAAAACCAUACAGCUUAUGAAAGCUAAUUUUUUUAGAGUGAGAGAACAGUUUGAGUGUAAGUGAAUCAUUGGGGAAGAAAUUUGCCACUACAGGAUUUUUAAAAAUCAGGGUCAUUCUCAUUGUGUGAUUAUUGCUAUAGUUUAGAGAAGCUGCUACUGAAAUUGUAAAGAUUCUCUAUCAAUAAAUAUUCUUAGAAUAAGUGAAUAGAAUUUAUAGACAAGAUGAAGAAAAUAAGGACGAUGUCUUGUCUUAUAAAAGCUCUGGUUGUAGGGUAAUUCACAAAACAAUUAGUAAACGUUCAUGGAUGAUGCUUUUGUUGUUUCAUUUCAUUUGGUUAUUCACAUAGGUUACGGACAUCUCAUUCAUAAGAUAUAGAUUGUUAGAGAUAAAGACCAGAUCUGAGUGUUACUAUUGGCUAGGUAAGAAAUGUGAGUCCUGUGUUCAUUUCUAUAUUUUUGCUUUUUUAGUAUGUCUAUGUAAUCAUGACAAUAUCCUAACACUUAUAAGUAAUUUGAAGGGAGGGAAAUUAGUGCCAACCAUCGUUCUUAGCUAAACUGAGCUGCCUGUUUUUAUGUGAAAGCCAUAAAUUCCAAGCAUCACUGAACAGUUUGCAAAAUCUCCACUGGAUUGCUCUGUGUAUUUCUUGCUUUUAUUAUUACUCUGUGGAACCUCUUAGGAGGAAAAUAUUGAUGACUCGGAUAUUGAUUCAGAAUAGCCUUUAAACAGGUUUCCACAGUUUGAGUUCAAUGUUGCUUGGAAUAAUUAUAUUUAUCCUAAACUAUAGUGUUUGUUAUUUUGAGUUAGCAUUAGAGCCAGUUAUUUUGAGUUAGUAUUAGAGCCAAUACAUUUUUACCAAGUAAUGUUAACAUGAAAUUAAAUGCUGAACCAAUAAAAAUUGUGUGGUUUGAGGCUUAAACCAUGUCAAAUGAUUUUGUUCACAUGUCCUUUAAUGAGAAACGUGAAAAGGUAUUUUAAUGCUUCGCACUAUAUUCUCCCGAAUUAGUCUAUGUUGGUAGGCUCUCUAUAUCCCUGAAGACCCGUUUUGUAAUAUAAUUAUGCAUAUAAAAAGAAUAUUAUUGCAUUUUAAAAGGUUAUCUUAAUAGAUUAUUGCACAAAUAUACCUAACCUAAAUACUUUUAAACUAAUCUUAAUUUCUUUGCCAACAUCAUGGUUUAUGGAUUUAGUCAAACUUAAAAUAUUCAACACAUCAAAGCUAAAAAAAAAUAUGUUUGACAUUAUUUUUCUCUAACCCCUUCAUUUAAUAUUAAUUGGCAAAAUUGAUUAACGCUCUUAAAUUUAUCUUUGCCAAAAAAUGAAAGUACUAAACAUUUGUUUAAACAUUACCAAAACUGGCAGAAUAGUAAGGAGCUGGCUCAGUUUGGUGCCCUAAAUGUUACCAAACGCAAACUGUAAACUUCCUAAAUAUCCUUUUCUUCCAUGUUUAAUCUUGUUAUUCUCUAUUGACUGUUUACUGUUCAAUGACUAGUUCUAAUAAAAAUGUGUAUGAGAUAAACAAGUUGGUGUUUGUAAGUGAUAUCCUGGUUGUUUAAUCCUGUUGUUGUCACGAAAAGUUAGUGUGUGUUAUUUAUUAAGAUAUUUAUAGAGUUGUAAUGUUUCUGUAUUUUUAUUGUUACUUUUAAACUUCCUCUGUUAGAAAUAUAAAAAGAUGUUCAAUACUGUCUGACUGUACAUUGUAAUGAUCUAUUCUUGAAUAUAUGAAUAUUUUAAAGACCAACUUCAUGUACAUACUGUUAAAGUGAUUAUAGUGUUUCUCUCCUUCAAUCUUAUUUUUUGUAAUAAAAUACAUGUCUGAUAUUUUA